AUGUCUGCUCACGAAAUCCCAAAGACCCAGAAAGGUGUUAUCUUCUACGAGACCGGUGGUAAGCUGGAAUACAAGGACAUCGAUGUCCCAACCCCAAAGGCCAACGAGCUUUUGGUCAACGUCAAGUACUCCGGUGUGUGCCACACUGACUUGCACGCCUACCACGGUGACUGGCCAUUGCCAGUUAAGUUGCCUCUAGUCGGUGGCCACGAGGGUGCCGGUGUCGUUGUCGCCAUGGGUGAGAACGUCAAGGGCUGGAAGGUCGGUGACUUGGCCGGUAUCAAGUGGUUGAACGGCUCCUGUAUGUCCUGUGAGUCCUGUGAGUUGGGUAACGAGUCCAACUGUCCAGAGGCUGACUUGUCCGGUUACACCCACGACGGUUCUUUCCAGCAGUACGCUACUGCCGAUGCCGUCCAGGCCGCUAAGAUCCCAGCUGGCGCUGACCUUGCUGAGAUCGCCCCAAUCCUGUGUGCCGGUAUCACUGUCUACAAGGCUUUGAAGUCUGCUAACUUGCAGGCCGGUGACUGGGUUGCCAUCUCCGGUGCCGCCGGUGGUUUGGGUUCCCUAGCCGUCCAGUACGCCAAGGCCAUGGGUUACCGUGUCUUGGGUAUCGACGGUGGUGAGGAGAAGGAGCAGCUCUUCAGACAGUUGGGUGGUGAGGUCUUCAUCGACUUCAGAACCUGCAAGGACAUCGAGGGUGAGAUCAUCAAGGCCACCAACGGUGGUGCUCACGGUGUCAUCAACGUCUCUGUCUCCGAGGCCGCCAUCGAGUCCUCUACCAACUACGUCAGAGCCAACGGUACCGUCGUCUUGGUCGGUUUGCCAGCUGGCGCCAAGUGCAAGUCUGACGUUUUCAACCAGGUCGUCAAGUCCAUCUCUAUCGUCGGUUCUUACGUCGGUAACAGAGCUGACACCAGAGAGGCUCUAGACUUCUUCGUCCGUGGUUUGGUCAGAUCUCCAAUCAAGGUUGUCGGUCUAUCUACUCUACCAGAGAUUUUCGAGAAGAUGGAGAAGGGCCAAAUUGUUGGCAGAUACGUUGUCGACACCUCCAACUAA